CAUUAACUUUUUUCAUUCGUUUUGAUCGUGUGUGAGUGCAAAUAAAAUUUUUCAUUUUCUCGAAAUAUAUUUGGUGAUUCCUGCUCAAGUUUGCGCAAUAAUUCAAUUUGUUGAGAUGAUGGAAUUGCACUGAAAGUAUAAACUAAAUCGUAAUGGAAAAAUUUCCUCUAAAAGGCAGCAGGGAGAUUGCAGCUGAAGGGAAUAGUUACAUUACAGCCUAUCAGUCGGUAUUAAAAAAGUCGAAUGGUCAUACGGGAGCCAUAGGAGAUAUUACUGAUACUCAGGAUCAUCCAUUGGCUACAUCAUCUCUAACAAAAGAGGGUAACGGCUCUGCAGCUAAAACUUCUCUCACAGUUCCCGACGACGACGACGACGAAAUGAUUGACAUCACACCCCAUUCAAGUCCAGGAGAUGCGGGACAUUCGUCCAGUUUUAAUUACAAACGUCACACUUCGGCUGACUCAGAUAUGGAGGCUGAUCAUUACAUGCGAAAUCAUCACCAUGUUCCAACACAUAGCGCCUUCGGCGAUGCAAAUGAUAGUGGAAUGGCGUUCUACGGUGUAUCGGAUGCACACGAUGACAUACCAGGUAUUGGACAGUACGAUGAUUUUCACACGAUCGAUUGGCAGCGUGAUAUUGCCCGUGAUCGCAUGCGCCAUCGCUAUAUAGUGAAAAAGCGGCAGGAUUCAUUAUGGGAUUUGCUGAAGGGUGCUCAUGACGCGUGGUCUGGUUGGCUCUGUGUCCUCUUUGUUGGUAUUGCUGCUGGUUUUGUAGCUGGCAUGAUCGACAUUGGCGCUAGUUGGAUGUCCGAUUUGAAGCAUGGUAUUUGCCCACAGGCUUUUUGGUUCAAUCGCGAGCAAUGCUGUUGGCCCACCAAGCAGUCCGUUUUCGAAGAAGGAAAUUGUUCAACGUGGAAAACCUGGCCUGAGAUAAUGGGUAUGGAUCGCAAUGGGACCGGUGCCUAUAUUGUCUCCUACUUCUGGUUCAUUUUGUGGGCUUUGAUGUUUGCAGCACUAAGUGCAUCUUUAGUACGCAUGUUCGCUCCAUAUGCUUGUGGAUCUGGUAUUCCUGAAAUCAAGACGAUUCUUUCGGGAUUUAUUAUUCGCGGUUAUUUGGGAAAAUGGACAUUAUUAAUUAAAUCUGUUGGACUGAUGCUUUCUGUAUCAGCGGGUUUAACGUUGGGCAAAGAAGGUCCCAUGGUUCAUAUUGCCAGCUGUAUUGGCAAUAUAUUUUCUCAUAUGUUCCCCAAAUAUGGACGCAACGAAGCAAAGAAAAGAGAGAUUUUAUCUGCAGCUGCAGCAGCUGGUGUUUCUGUGGCUUUCGGUGCACCAAUUGGUGGUGUUUUAUUCUCGCUGGAGGAGGUCUCCUACUACUUUCCGUUAAAAACACUGUGGCGAUCUUUCUUUUGUGCAUUGAUUGCUGCAUUUGUUUUGCGUUCGCUGACACCCUUUGGUAAUGAGCAUUCGGUUUUAUUCUUCGUCGAAUACAAUAAGCCUUGGAUAUUUUUCGAGCUUAUACCAUUCGUCUUCUUAGGAAUAAUGGGCGGCGUGAUCGGUACCAUUUUCAUCAAAGCAAAUUUAUGGUGGUGCCGUUAUCGUAAAUUUAGCAAGCUAGGCCAAUAUCCUGUUGCUGAAGUGCUGGUGGUAACACUCGUUACUGGUAUCUUAUGCUUUCCUAAUCCAUUCACCCGAAUGAACAUGAACGAGCUUAUUUACUUGCUUUUUAGCCAAUGCUCUCCGGCCGACAGCACGAACCCCCUAUGCGACUACAAGCGUAUGAACAUCACAAAUGGAGCCACGUCUUCGAUAGAAGUAACGGAGCCGGGUCCUGGUGUAUAUCAUGCCAUUAUUUUACUGCUACUAGCAUUUGUAUUCAAGCUUGCUUUAGCUGUUUUCACAUUUGGAAUGAAAGUUCCAGCGGGAUUAUUUAUACCAUCUCUUUUAAUGGGUUCAAUUAUGGGUCGUAUAGUUGGAAUUGGUGUGGAACGUUUUGCGUACAGCUAUCCGAAUAUAUGGCUCUUUACGGGUGAAUGUGUUAAUGGCAAAAAUCUGAUUACACCCGGUUUGUAUGCAAUGGUAGGCGCUGCAGCUACUUUGGGUGGUGUUACACGCAUGACCGUUUCUUUAGUAGUAAUCAUGUUCGAAUUGACUGGCGGCGUUGGCUAUAUAGUUCCGUUGAUGGCAGCAGCUAUGGCUUCAAAAUGGGUUGGCGACGCACUCGGUAGACAGGGUAUCUAUGAUGCGCAUAUAGCUCUUAACGGUUAUCCGUUCCUAGAUAGUAAAGAAGAGUUUGCACAUACAACACUGGCAGCCGACGUUAUGCAGCCAAAGAGAAAUGAAACGCUUAAUGUAAUCACACAAGAUUCCAUGACUGUGGAUGAUGUCGAGACGUUAUUAAAAGAAACGGAGCACAAUGGAUAUCCCGUUGUAGUGUCAAAGGAAAGUCAGUAUUUAGUGGGAUUCGUUCUGCGCAGGGAUCUAAAUUUAGCUAUAGAAAAUGCCAAACGUUUGAUCGAGGGUAUAACUGGCGCAUCAAUAGUAUUAUUCACUUCAGCAUCAGCAGCAACACAAAAUUUGGGACCACCACCGCUCAAGUUGAAAAAGAUACUUGACAUGGCACCCAUAACGGUGACAGAUCAGACACCUAUGGAAACUGUGGUGGAUAUGUUCAGAAAGUUGGGCUUACGACAAACUCUAGUGACACACAACGGACGUCUGCUGGGUGUUAUAACGAAAAAAGAUGUUUUGCGUCACGUCAAGCAAAUGGACAAUGAGGAUCCAAAUACUGUCUUAUUCAAUUAAUUGAUAAUAUAUAUUGUCUUGAUUUAACACAGUUCUUUUCGUACUUGGUGUUUGUCAUCGGGAUCCGUUUGGUGAUUUUUCGUCUCGACAAACUCCUUGUUGUAUAAUAAUUACAUAUUUAGCUGAAUUAUUUUCAAUAUGAUUUUUUGUUACUCUAACUAUACGUUUAGCAUAUACAAUUCGUGCUGGCAUCUAAUUAUGUAUUUAAUUGUAUGUGUAUGAUCAAAGGAUUAUUUAUUGUAUUAUUUCUCGAGAAUUCAAUAUUAUGCUGAUAGGAAAUUGUAUUAAUUCUAUAUUUUGGCAGCGCCAAAUUUGAUAAAAUCAAUCUUUCGAAGCUUAGAGGAUUCAAUUUUAUGUACAUAUGUAUAUGAGUGCGCGUUAAGGAUCCAAUUUUUUCCAUUAUACAAGUAUAUAUAUAUUUUUGAUAUGUUUUAUGUAAAUUGUUAAAUUUAUAUGUUUACAAUUUUAAUAUAUUUCUAUCGAUCUGAUAUUUUGCAAAGAAAACCACUUUAUAAUACCAUAUAGACGAUUUUAUGUAAACUGUAAGAAAUACUAGGAUCAUAUAGCGAUAGAUGUAUCAAUAAAAUGUCACCAUAUAUCAAAUACA